AUGAGAUACUCCUUGGUCUUCGCAACGGCGUCGGCCGCCGUCCUUGCCCAUGCGCAAUCCGUCGUCACGGGUCAAACAGCCCCCCUCUCUUUCCUUUGGCUCUCUGAUGCCUCCACCGACUCACCUACCGGCGCCACUGCUGCUACCGCUGCUGGCAACACUGCCGUUGCAACCGCAAACACUGCUGCAACCAACGCGGCACAAACCACUGUUGCAGGCGAAAUCUCUGCCGCUAACAUCAUAACCGUCAGUGCAGAAGGUGCCCCGACCCUGACCCCUCAACCAAUCACUGUAACAGUCACCGUCACUGCCGGUUCUGAAAACACCGCCGCUACAAACAACCUUGCUACAAUUCCUGGAACACUCUAUACAACAGCACGCGAACUCACAGAUGCUCAAGGUAGCGUUACCGGCACACAAACCCAGCUCGUCUACUCCGCAACUGACUCUUCAGGAAACACCAUCGAUGUCACUGGAAUCCUCUACCCCACAACAAACUCUGCAGGCAACACUGAAUUCGCAACUGGCUACCUCCAACCUUCUACCGACUCCAAUGGCAACCUUGUCGUAGUCACCGGCACCGCCCCAGCCUCUGAGGCUGCAUCCGCCGUUGCUGCCGCCGUCUCCGGUGCCUCAGCCUCUGCCGCUUCUCUUGCCUCCCAAGCAUCUGUUGCAUCGGUCGCUGCAGCUGCUUCUGCUGCUUCUGUUGCGUCUGUCGCCUCAGCUGCUUCAGCUGCUUCAGCUGCGUCCGUUGCGUCCGUUGCAUCUGUUGCAUCUGCUGCAUCCGUUGCCUCUGUUCGAGCUGCUGCAUCUGUUGCCUCUGUUCAAGCUGCCGCAUCUGCAGCCUCAGCUGCUGCUACUGCCUCAGCCACUGGCCCUUCCACUCACAUUGUUACCGUUACUGCUUCCAACGAGGCUUCUGCAAGAUCCACAGAUGCCAAUGGUAGUUUGGUUGAUGUUACUGGCACUGCUCCUUCUACACCUGCUCAAUCUGGAGCAUCUGCCUCUGGAGCAUCUGCCUCUGGAGCAUCUGCCACUGGAGCAUCUGCCUCUGGAGCAUCUGCCUCUGAAGCAUCUGCCUCUGGAGCAUCUGCCACUGGAGCAUCUGCCACUGGAGCAUCUGCCACUGGAGCAUCUGCCACUGGAGCAUCUGCCACUGGAGCAUCUGCCUCUGGAGCAUCUGCCUCUGGAGCAUCUGCCACUGGAGCAUCUGCCUCUGGAGCAUCUUCUGGCAAACACACUGUCGUUGAAACUGUCACUGCUUCCACCGCUGCUGUUGCAAAGUCUACCGACUCAAAUGGCAGCAUAGUUGAUGUUACUGGUACCGCCCCAUCUUCUGGUGCAUCUUCUGGUGCAUCUGGUGCAUCUGCUACUGCCACUGGUGCAUCUGCUACUGCCACUGGUGCAUCUGCUACUGCCACUGGUGCAUCUGCUACUGCCACUGGUGCCGCUUUUGCUACUCAUACUACCGUUUUCCCCACAACUAAUUCCGCUGGCUCUACUUAUCAAGUCACACAGGUUAUUUACCCCACUACCAAUGACCAGGGUGCCACUGUUACUGCCACUGGGUAUCUUCAGGCCACCACUGACUCCAAUGGCGAUCUUGUCGAUGUUACCGGCUCCGCUGUUCCUCGUAGUGGUGCCGCCGCCGCUGCCACUGCUUCCGACGAGAACAUUCUUGACGUCACUGGCUCCUUCCCUACUACAGCUUUGAAAACCACCGACUCUGAUGGUAAGACUGUUGAUGCGACCGGUGUCCUCAUCACUACCACCGGCGCCGAUGGCAAGCCUUCCACUGUCACUGGUAUUGUCUACCAAACUACCAACUCUAAUGGCGAUCUUAUCGAUGUCACCGGCACCCGUCUCCCCUCGACAGCGUCUCCCAGUGCUUCUGAUGACAAUAUCAUUGAUGUCACUGGUGUUGCACCUGUCACAACCGCUUUCGAGACCACCGAUGCUUCGGGUAAGACCGUCACAGCUACUGGCGUUGUGCUCCCCACUACUGGGUCCGACGGAAAGACUUCUUCCUUCACCGGUGUUAUUUACCAGACCACUAACUCGGAUGGAGAUCUCGUCACCGUCACGGGCCACCACCUGCCUACCGCUGCUGUUGCUGCUUCUGCUGCUAGUUCUGAUGACAACAUCAUUGAUGUUACUGGUGUUGCUCCAGUUACUACUACCUUCCAGACCACUGAUGCUUCUGGUCACACCGUUACCGCUACAGGCGUUGUUAUCCCCACCGUUGGAACUGAUGGCCAAACCUCUUCUUACACUGGCUUCCUUGUCCCGACCACAAACUCGGAUGGCAAGCUUGCCACUGUCACCGGCCGUCAUCUUCCAACAUCUGGUGCCGGAUCCAGCGACGAUGAUAACUUAAUUGACGUUACCGGUGUGACACCUGAGGGCACGACUACCUAUGCCACUACGGAUUCUUCUGGCAAUACUGUUACUGUCACUGGUGUCAUUCUCCCUACCACAGAUUCAGAAGGUCACACUUCAUUGUAUACUGGCGUUCUUAUUCAAUCCACUAACUCGGACGGAGACAUUGUCACCGUUACCGGCCAUCAUCUUGCUUCUUCUGCUUCUAGUGACGAUAACCUUAUCGAUGUUACCGGUGUUGCUCCUGAGGCCACCACCACCUUCGAGACUACCGAUGCUUCUGGAAAUACUGUUACUGUUACCGGUGUUGUUCUUCCUACCACUGAUGCUGAUGGCAAGACUUCUUCUUACACUGGAGUUCUUUAUCAAACUACCAACUCUGAUGGCGACAUUGUUACCGUCACUGGCUACCACUUGCCUUCUUCUGCUUCUAGUGACGAUAACCUUAUCGAUGUUACCGGUGUUGCUCCUGAGGCCACCACCACCUUCGAGACUACCGAUGCUUCUGGAAAUACUGUUACUGUUACCGGUGUUGUUCUUCCUACCACUGAUGCUGAUGGCAAGACUUCUUCUUACACUGGAGUUCUUUAUCAAACUACCAACUCUGAUGGCGACAUUGUUACCGUCACUGGCUACCACUUGCCUUCUUCUGCUUCUAGUGACGAUAACCUUAUCGAUGUUACCGGUGUUGCUCCUGAGGCCACCACCACCUUCGAGACUACCGAUGCUUCUGGAAAUACUGUUACUGUUACCGGUGUUGUUCUUCCUACCACUGAUGCUGAUGGCAAGACUUCUUCUUACACUGGUUUACUUAUCACCACUACCAACUCUGAUGGCGAUAUUAUUACCGUCACUGGCUAUCACCUGCCUUCUUCCACUGAUGAUAAUCUCAUCGAUGUUACCGGUGUUGCUCCUGAAGCCACUACCACCUUUGAGACUACCGAUGCUUCUGGAAAUACUGUAACAGUUACUGGUGUUGUUCUUCCUACUACUGACUCUGAUGGCAAUACUGCUUCUUAUACAGGCAUUCUUUACCCCACCACUGACUCUAAUGGUGAUAUUGUUACUGUCACUCUUCAUAAUCUUCCCACAUCUUCCGCCGAUGACAACCUCAUUGACGUUACUGGCGUCACUCCUGAAGCCACUACCACCUUUGAGACUACCGAUGCUUCUGGAAAUACUGUAACAGUUACUGGUGUUGUUCUUCCUACUACUGACUCUGAUGGCAAUACUGCUUCUUAUACAGGCAUUCUUUACCCCACCACUGACUCUGAUGGAGAUAUUGUUACCGUCACUCUCCACCACCUCCCCAAGAGCACUGAUGAUAAUAUUAUUGAUGUCACUGGUGUUUCUCCCACUGCCACAACAACUUUUGAGACCACUGAUGCUUUCGGUGUCACUGUCACUGUUACUGGUGUUGUUUUCGCUACCACUUCAGAUGCCAAUGGCAAUCCUGAAGACGUUACUGGCAUUCUUUACCCCACAACCAACUCUGAUGGUGAUAUUGUUACUGUCACUCUCCAUCACCUUCCCAACCCUGACCUCCCUUAUACUACAACGGUAGGAACUGUUCUCAGCGGUGAGACUACCACAAUUCCCUACACUGCUGUUGUAUACACUACCACCGACUCGGCUGGUUCGCUCUCUACCGCCACUGGUAUUCUUUACGAGUCUGUUGAGUCUUCUGGUUCUGCCACUGACACCCUCACCUUGACUGCUCUCCCCCAGUACUUUGGUAAGCAGGUUACUACCUUUAUGACUUCUGCUAAGGGUGGCCAACAGACCCUAGUUACUGGUGUUGUUUACACCACUACUCGAUCCAACUCAGCGGGCUCUGCCACAGCCACUGAUGUGGUUACUGGAAUCUUGCUCCCAACUACAGUUAAUGGUGGUCUUGCCACAGUCACUGUCGAAAGCUUGAAUGGUGCUGCUCGUGGCACUGCACCUGUUUCCUCUUCUUCUUUCAUGAUGGUUAUUGUUUCCAUUCUCUCUUUCUUCUAUCUUUUCUGA